CCAUGGAGGCGGCCUCUCCUAGCAACUCGACGGGCGUUGAGCAGAGCCGCUGGCCUGAUGGAUGCCGACAGCCUCCUGCUGUCUCUGGAGCUGGCGUCCGGCAGUGGGCAGGGCCUCAGCCCGGACCGUCGGGCCUCGCUGCUCACGUCUCUUACGCUGGUUAAGCGCGACUACCGCUAUGAUCGGGUUCUCUUCUGGGGCCGCAUCCUUGGCCUCGUCGCCGAUUACUACAUCGCGCAGGGCCUGAGUGAGGACCAGCUCGCACCGCGAAAGACGCUCUAUAGCCUGAACUGCACAGAGUGGAGCCUCUUGCCCCCUGCCACAGAGGAGAUGGUGGUGCAGUCGUCUGUGGUGAAGGGCCGCUUCAUGGGGGACCCAUCAUACGAAUAUGAACACACUGAGCUGCAGAAGGUGAAUGAAGGUGAAAAGGUCUUUGAAGAAGAAAUAGUGGUCCAGAUCAAGGAAGAGACCCGCUUGGUGUCUGUCAUUGACCAGAUUGACAAGGCUGUGGCCAUCAUCCCCCGAGGCGCCCUCUUCAAGACCCCUUUUGGACCCACCCAUGUCAAUCGGACCUUUGAAGGACUGUCCUUGUCUGAGGCCAAGAAGCUCAGCUCCUACUUCCAUUUCAGGGAGCCUAUUGAGCUAAAGAAUAAGACCUUGCUUGAGAAGGCUGACCUGGACCCCUCCCUGGAUUUCAUGGACUCCUUGGAGCAUGACAUUCCCAAAGGGUCCUGGAGUAUCCAGAUGGAGAGGGGCAACGCCCUGGUGGUGCUGCGCAGCCUGCUCUGGCCGGGACUCACCUUCUACCAUGCUCCCCGCACCAAGAACUACGGCUACAUCUACGUGGGCACUGGUGAGAAGAACAUGGACUUGCCCUUCAUGCUAUAGAAUGGGAGCCAGCCUGGAUUUUUUUAAACAGAGUCUAAACAUGAUUUUCUUAAGCUUCA